UGACAAUAUAUAUUGUUCGUGCCUACUUUCUACCUCAGCCAAAAUCCCCGGAAUCAGCUGUGGGCUUAUCUCCCGUCGUCGGAACACGUUUGCGCAAAUGGAGGACGACGACGCUGGACCUGGCCUGUGCUUAUGCCAACAGGACUCGUACCUCCGUUCGCUAUUCACCACAGUCGUAAGCUGCACGCCCAUCUCGGCAGCUCCUCAACCCACAUCCCCUGAGCAUCCCAAAUCCGGCAAGCCUUCCAAAGGCGGAAGCAGUAGCAACAACAAGAAUCAUGUCGGAAACCAGGGAGAUAAGGGCAAGAGCAAGGCCGGUGGUAGCAGCAGCAACGGCAACGGCGCCGCCAGCAGCGGCAGCGCAUCAGGGGUGGAAGCUACAGCUGAUUGUGGCCGCGAAGGCAGUAGCAGCAGCAGCUGCUGCAAUGGCAGUAUCACCGCCCCCACUAGCAGCUACGAGGUGGUGUUGGAGGAGAGCCCCAUGUUUCCGGAGAGUGGGGGGCAGCCGUGUGACCAGGGCCAGCUGCUGUUCCGCCUCCCCGACGGCAGCCCCGGGGCAGCCAACGUAACAGCCGUGGCGUGGAAGCAGGGCCGCCUGUGCCACACCACCGACGCGCCCCUGCCCCCGGGGUGCAGGGCGGAGGCGGUGGUGGAGUGGGGGCGGCGGCUGGACCUCAUGCAGCAACACACGGGCCAGCACGUCCUCUCCGCCGUGGCCCUCCGCCUGCUGUCCGCCCCCACCGUCAGCUGGGAGCUGCACCCGCUCGACCCGCUGACCCAUGGGUCGGGCGACUACUGCUGUGUGGCGGUGGACCUGGAGAUGCCGCACAGUCCCUCGGGGGAGCAGCUAAUCGAGCUGGAGGCCCGGGUCAAUGCGGAGUUGCGGGCCAUGCGACCCGUGACGCCGCUGCUGAUUGACCCACGGGUCAGUGAGGACGUGGAGAGGCUGCGGGCGCUGCAGGCGGACGGCGCAUUCAGAGGCAAGCUGCCGCAGCCGGAUAAGAUGAAGGGUGGCAAGCUGCGGCUGGUGUGUGUGGAGGGGCUGGACAUCAAUGCAUGCGGAGGCACCCAUCUGCGCAGUACGGGUGAGGUGGGCUGCUUGAAGCUGCUGGGCUGCGAGCGCACCCGGGGGC